AUGGCAUGGGAUAAAAUUGCUAAGCUGUCAAAUGCGCUUGAAGAAAUAAGAAAUAAAUGUCAAAAAUCUCGAUACCAGUUGAAUGUUAAUGUUGGGUUGAUUUUUUUGGGGUGUACUUUCGAUCUGCUUAAUGUUGCGAGUAUGAUCUCACUGAUAGACGAUCUUGCGAAAACAUACAACAUCUCCUACACAACUGCCUCGUGGUCUUUGACUUCUUAUGCCGUCACUUUUGCUGGAUUUAUUGCAUGUAUGGGUCGACUUGGCGAUAUCAUUGGAAAUUCUGUUCUGUUCACUAUAAGUUGUUCGUGUUUCGCUGUUUUGUCACUUCUUUGCGCAGUUAUGCCCAAUUUCCCGGCAUUUGCUGUCUUCAGAGCCAUACAAGGCAUAUGUGCGGCCGGUCUCGUGCCUUGUGCUUACGCCUUGAUCCCUAUUCUAGCUCCAAAAGAAAAGGUCCAAAAAUAUUUCUCAAUAGUUUCUUGUGGAUUCAGCUCCACCAUAGGUCUCGGACUUAUAAUCGGAGGAGCAUUCGCGACCACAAAGAUAGGAUACAGGGGCAUUUUUUACCUGACAUUUGCAGUGAUGACUCUUAUUUCAAUAAUUGCCUUCUUCUUUACCUAUGGGGUCGAAAAGCUGAAUAAAAAACCCCAGAAGGAUCAAGCUUCUACCAGCGUCAAAUCACUUGACUUCAUUGGAUCGCUUAUAUUUGUAGCCGGGAGUAUACUGAUCGUUGUUGGUUUGACGGAAGGAGGCGAAUCAUGGAACAGACCCGUGACUUAUGUGACGCUUGUUAUUGGAAUAAUUUUAUUUUUUGGGUUUUUUGUGUGGAAUUGCACAUAUACAAAAAUCGUUCGGGGCUUCAAGUAUUGUGGGAUUGAUACCUCUAAAUACUUCGAGAAGGUCCAACUUCUGAUUCCUAUUGAUGUCCUUUUCAUGAAGAACUUUAUACCCAUUGUUUUGGCUUUCGCCUUAAACAACGCUUGUCUGUUUUCGUGUCUUUACAUCAUUGACCAGUACUCCCAAUAUGCGGAGAGGAAUAGUCCACUACUUGCUGGUGUCAAGCUAGUGCCUCUGAUAAUAUGUAUGGUCAUUGGUAAUGCCCUAUGUGCGUUUGAGUCUACAAAGUUAAGGCCUAGAGUUGGAGUUGCAAUCGGCUUUUUCUUGGCUCUUGCAGGGUCCAUUAUUUUGAUUCAACUGCAUCUUGUCAAGGAGGAUCUAUUUUGGAAGAUUUUCUUCAGUGCACAGGCUUUGGUAGGGUUUGGUGUUGCUAUUUUUUAUCCUUAUGCACUUCAAAUUGCAGUGGGAGGAGCUCCUGAUGAGUCAAGGGGGAUUGCAUCUGGCGUGGCACAAACGUUUGGUCAACUUGGUAUUGAGAUAACUUUUUCAGUUAUGGCAUCCGUUCUCGGAAAUAUUAAUGAGAUGAAAGGAAAAUCUAAUGCAAUCCAAAAAUUUCGUACGGGAUUUCAAAACUGUUCAUACUUUACUGUCGCGGUGGGGGCACUUGGUUUUUUGGUAACAGCGAUUUGUAUCAGAGAUAUUCCGCCCCUCAACGAUGACAUGUCUGAUCUCGAGUCAUCCGUCCAUAGAACUAAGGUAGAAUUCGACCGAGAGAAGGAUGUGUUGGAACAAGUAGGUUCAUCAUUAUUCACAUAA